CCCAGCAGUGCCCCCCAUGAGUGCCACCCAUCAGUGCUGCCCAGCAGUGCCACCCACCAGUGCCCCGCAAUGCCCCCAUCAGUGCCACCCAUCAGUGCCGCCCAUCAUCAGUGCCCAGCAGUGCUGCCAGUUAGUGCCACCCAUCAGUGGCGCCUAUCAGUGCCUAUCAGUGCCUAUCAUUGUUGCAUAUCAGUGCAGCAUCAUCAGUGCCGCCUCAUCAGUUCGAGUUCCUCAGUGCCACCUAUCAGUGCUGCCUAUCCAUGCCACCUCAUCAGUGCCCAUCAGUGCUGCCUAUCAGUGCCCAUCAGCACUACAUAUCAAUGCUGCCUAU